AUGCGCGAGGCCGCCCAGAAGAGACAGGACGUCGCCCUGGCCACCUUCGGCGGCAUGACAGCGGAGUGCGUUUGCCUUCCCAUCGUGGACGCGAGCGGGAAGCUAGUCAAGCGGAACCUCUUGCCUGAGCUCGCGCGGCUCACGGUCCGGCAGAGCGUGCAAGUGCCCGUGGCAGACAGCACCAACAUCACCUUCGGCGGCUAUUCUCUCCACCACAACGGGCUAGGAGUGGGGUCGGUCUACCUGUCCGCACAGCAUGACGUCACCGCAGAACAGUGGGUAGGCUCCCUGGUGCAGAUCGGCCAGCAGCCGAAGGUGGGCCUCUCGUGCGGCACGGCUAGCAAGGGCAGCUCGGGCGUCUCCGUGCAGAGCCAGUGCACGUACGAACCCGACGGAGGGCUGGGGUUGAGGGUGUCCACGACGGAGCGCUUGGACCCGGUCACGGUGGUAGACAUGUCGUGGGAAGUUGUAGGAGGCAAGGAAGGCGGUGCCGCGGAUGAUGCUGUGACCGUGCACGUCACAAGGCUGGUCGGAGACGGAACCGGGACUCUUGCUGGGGAGGUAGCUAUAGGGCACAGAUCGUGGAUGGAUCUAGGCCUCCGACUCUCUUAUCGGCACACCAUCGCCCCCUCGAGGAUGAUACAGCUAGGCGGGAAGAUAGGGGUUCGAGGCAUGGAGGUGGAGUUAGAUUCCAGGAGAUUCCUCCCGCGUCAGGUGAAACUCAAGACCGCGCUCAGGGUCGGGGACGGUGGGGUUUCAGCGGUGUUCAGCUUGCAGCGUGGAGCGAUGGUGUUCGAGCUACCGGUGCUCCUGUCGUCCCUCCUAACGGGCUGGACGUUGACCUGCGGAGGGCUUCUCCCGGCCCUGGUGGACGCCGGGGUAGGCUGGCUGCUGUCUUCGGCGUGGCAGCGUAGGGCCGAAAGGCUGAGGUCGGAGGGAGAGCCUUUGAGACGCAGGCGGCUGGCGAGGGACUGGGGAGACGCGGCGAGCCAGGUGCGGCUGAUGGUGCACAUGGCGGACAAGCGAAGGCACGAGGAGAUGGAGAAAGGGGGGCUGGUCAUCUUACUCGCGAGGUAUGGCGCCGACCUCUCUCGCGACUGUGGGGAGCGGUGGUGGGCACAAGCUCCCCAGAAUGCAGCGGCGGGGGGGGGCACUGCCGGAACACCGGCGAUGCCUCUAAGCGGGUUGGUGGAGUCGGAGGGGCCCGAGGGCGCAGCGGCGGUGGAGCUGGUCUCUCAGCCGAACGUUGACGUCACCGUGCCCCUGCAAUUCUUUGUCAAGGAUUCCACGCUAACGCUGCCGUUCGGCAGCAAGUCCCACCUCCUGGGCUUCUUCACCCCGGCCCCGUGCCGGUUACCCCGUCGGGAACCACGUUAUUCGGAUUAUCGAGAGGGGGCACGCAGCCAAGAACGAGACGGGUGGGGAGGGGAGGGAACGGGAGGCUGGGGUUCCCCGCUCCCCGCCGCGGCGGCGCAACUGCGCAUUCGGUACCUGUUUGCCGGACGCACUUUCGAGGAAACCUUCCGGGACUGUCAAGAAGUCGUCCUCCCGUCGCCGACGUCGACUUACCUGGGAGACUCAAGCGUCCGAUAGACAGUUACGGUUCAUCGGAAAAACGGGUUCGUCCUUCCCUCGCCGACGGCGCCUUACCAAGGAGACUCAAGAGGGCCGAUAGACGGUUGCGGUUCGUCCGAUAGACGGCUACGGGUCGUCCGAUAGACGUUUACGGUUCGUCCGAAGACGGUUUCGUCCUUGCCUCGCCGACGUCAAGGUACCACGGAGACUUGGGGGUCCGAUAGAGGGUUGCGGUUCGUCCGGUCGUUGGUUACGGUUUAUCCGAACACAAUUUUGUCCUUCUCUUACGGACGCCAGCGUACCGGGGAGCCUCAGAGGUCCCAUGAACGAUUUUGGUUCGUCUGAUAGACGGUUACGUUCGUCCGAUAGACGGGUACGGUCCCUCCGUCGAAUCGAGAUCUCUGCGGGCCACGGCCUGCAGAAGCAAGCUUGAGAGGCGAAAUCCAGAUGGUUGGUGGGAAUGCCUUGUUUCAAAAUAUAUGUAUGCGAAGUGUGUGUGGCAACAUAUUUGGCGGUGUUGCCCACGUAUCACCAACAAGGAAACUAGUGACAUAAUCAUACCUUGCCUGUUUGUAUGACUGACAGAUUGUGUCUAUUUCGGACCUUUUCGUCUACAUGUCCUGUAUGCAUACGGCCUGCGGCAUCUAUCCCAUCCUCGUGGCCACUUGAUGGCCAACGAAUGAGUGCUCGGGAUGGGUGCGCCUGUUAUCUCAUGGUUCUAUUGUUUCCCGGCCCCAAUGGCCCACGCGCUCUAGACUUUAUGUUGCGUUGUUGCUUGUGGGAGGAAGUGACUCGGCGGUGAUGUAGGGGUACAUCGGGCGAGCUCAAGUCAAUGCUGGAGGACAGAAAACAUCCACCUGGAUGCGUGAAAGAGAUGAGUGCUCCGUAGGUGUAAGGAGGCGUUUCUCCCCCUAGACAUGUCUGCCUACCUGCCUGCGAAGGGAUGGAUUUCUUUGUAUUCUUGUCCGUAGCUGCUGUUGUUGUUGCCGUAGACGCUUGACUGGUUGGAAAUUAGAUAGUAGGGAGGCCCAUCAUCAGCAGGAAGACGCAGCAGCAGCAGCAGCAGUAGCACAAAAGGUUGGUCAGGUACUUGGAAAACAAUUUUGUUGUGUCGUAUUGAUGUGGUGCACGAUCGAUUGCGAGACAAUCGCAAGCCAAUUUAACUGGCAAGCCAAUUUGUUGUAUUUUUUGUAGCAACAGAGUGUUCCUGGCUGGACGCAUGCAGCGGCUGAUUUUUUUUUUUUUAUGUUCGUUUUUUGUUGCGUUUCGGCACACGUGCGCACGUGUGUGGGUGGUGUGAUUUCCCCGACGUUGUUGGGGUACCACGUGAACGGAGA